AUGCCAGUUUGGACAGACCAAAACCGUUGCCGUCUGCUGUUGACUAUCCUCGAAAUAAACAACCAGAAACCUCCGCCAUGGGAUGAGGUUGCACAGAGAAUGGGCGCUGGAUACACUGGGGCGGCAGUCAAACAACAAUAUCAAAAACUACGAAAAGAGGGAUUCCCCCGUCCUGGUGGUGCCAGUGGAACUACACGUGACCAAGUUCCGCCUACUCCAAAGCGAAAGAGAGCACAGCCGCUUGGGGAAAAACAACAGCCACCAGUCGAUGACGUAGAGCACGGGUCCAGCAGCGAUGAGAGUAGCAGGAACAAAAGAGCGCGCCUGAAAAAAGAAAGAAUUAGCGUAAGCCCAGAAAGAACAAUAGUGAAGACGGAGCGAGUGGAUGAGGAUGGCGUUGUGAGGUUGGAUGAUGAUGAUUUAUACUACUGCUGA